AUGGGUAUAAAUAUUUCAAGGUCAAAGGGAAAUGUUCACUAUAACCCUGUCCUUAAAACAAACAAUUUAAUUCGUCAAACAAAGCAUGUGAAUUGUAAGGAGGAUAGUAAUAUAAAACCAUUAGAUAUAAUUACUAAUGAUAAUAAUAAUCAAGUGGAAUUAAAUAGAUUCUUCACUGAAGGUGACCAUACUACAUAUGAUAUUAAUGACAAUGGAUUAACCAAUAGCCUAUACGAUGAUGGCGGUAAAAAUGAGUUUCUUCAGAAUAAUCUUCAUGAAAAUGAAAUUUACAAAAUGCUGCAGCAAGAUACACCCUGCACAAUCAUUAAAAAUAAUUAUAUCCCAUCAAAUAUACCAUCGGUAGUAUUACAGAAAUAUCAUCAUGAUGAUGGUGAUAAUAAAAACAGUCAGCGAUUGUUAAAUAUGCAAAAUGAAGACAAUCAUUGCUCACAUAGGUUUAAAUUUACCUCACCAUCAUUUCUAAGUAUACAGAGAAAAAAAUCACAAAUUAAGGCAAUUAAUCAAAGACCAGCAUGGAAACCUGCAUUCAAAGUAAAUUAUACAAAGAAUACUAAUGCAGAUUACAAUGAUGAAGUGAAUAGAAAAUUUAAACAAUUACAUCAUCAGAAUAAUUUUCAACCAACAAUAUGUUAUAACAAGAUGGAAACACCAAGUUCAUUAUGUAGUAUUAGUGGAGAUAACAGUUAUUAUUCUUUGAAUAAUACAGCACAUAUAAGAAGGUGUAAAACAGCUCAACUUAUAAAAAUCGAUGAAGGUAUACGUGAACUUGAAAGUAUCAAGGGCAGUCGAUCAAUGAAGCCUAACAGUAGACACUUAUUUAUAAAAUCUAAGUCUACGAAACAUAAUAAACAAGAUAUGAUUGAAAUGGAAAACUUUAAAAAUGAAAUAAGUACACAAUCCAAGAAUGACUUACAUUCAAGUUAUCUCAAUGAUCAAAUAAAAAUGACAAGAAAUACAGAACCGAAUGUAUCACAGGAGGAACAACAAUCUUCAAAGGAAACCAAUGACGCAGGGAAGACAUCAACUAGAGUAAAUAAUAACUGUAAUGAAAUAUCUAAUGGAAAAAAUAUCACUUAUCACAUGAAUCAAAUACAAAAAAGUGAUUUAUUACCACUACACUAUGUAUUCUAUGUUGAAGACAAUCAAAAAACACUCAAAGCAUUUGUACACGGCGGUAAAAUCUCAUCGAUUGCCUAUGAUACACAAUGUCAUGUCUACUAUCAUGCAAGACACAAGCAUAUAAUUCAGUCAGUUAAAACUUGUGAACAGAAUAUGAAAUCAGUGCAUGCUAAAAAGAAUAUGAAAUAUGCAAGUGAUGAUUAUGAUAACAAUAGUAGUAUCAGCAGUAGUAAUACUAUACAUAAUAGCAGAAUAACUGAACCAGCCUUGUUUUAUCAAGGUAAACAAGUACGUCCAGUGACUGUAGCAGCACCAAAUAUACAUAAGCUGAAACAAUUCUUAGAAAUGCUUGAUAUGCAUUAUCCAGAAUUUGAAGCAAGCGCAUUUUUAUAUGAUCAUUUAGUAUGA